AUCUUACUGUUUGUCUGCGUUUAAACACAACACAGUAGAGUAGUAGUCUGGAGUGAGACUGCGGCCGCAACUAACAGGUUAAAUACAUACAAUAAUAUAAUCAGUUCGCAACUCAUGUACGCGGCAACCGCGAGUGCAACGGAGAAGACGGUCGCUGUAUAAUAAUUUUAAUUGGAAAAUUUACUCGCGCCAUCAACGAAAAUGACAGAGUGAAGGAUUAAAUCGCUGCGGCGAUUGCCAGCGUCUUCUCCUCUCUCUGAGAAGGAAAGCAGGAGGUUGGCUUUUGUUCCUGUCCAGCGACACGCACACACGCAGCAAUGACCGAGUUCAGCACCCUGCGGCUGGUGUUUAUCAACGCGAUGGUGUGCGGCCUGGAGGUCGCCGCCACUGUGGCAUUCACCUACCUGCCUCCGAUUUUGCUCAAGGCCGGCUUCGCUGAAUCCUCGAUGGGGAUCAUUCUCGGAGUCGGCCCUUUGAUCGGAAUGUUCACCGUUUCCGCUGUCGGCCAGCUGUCCGAUUAUUGGUAUGAAAAGUUCGGGCAGCGAAUUUUCUUCAUGCUCGGACUAGCUUUUAUUUUGUCGCUGUCAUUGCUGGCUGUAAUUUUUGGACAUCGACUCUCCUCCUCUGCCGACGGACUUGCUGUAGGAUGCGCUUUAUUGGCGCUGGGCGGCGUGGUGCUGGACUACUCGUCGCAGGUGGCACUGAACCCUUGCGAGUCGCUGCUGUGUGACCUGCUGCAGGGCAGCGCCAGUUCGGAGCGCGGCUUCUCCAUAUAUUCUGGGGUGCUGAGUCUGGGCGCGUGCAUCGGCUACCUGUUGACGGCCGUGCACUGGCCGUGGGGCCGGCAGGAGGAGGCGGCCUGCGGCGCCGCGCUCGUCUUCUUCCUGCUGUGCUGCGCGGCCACCAUGUCGGCCGUGUCCACGCUCGCCACCGCCAAGGGGACACGCAAACGCCACCUCAGCUGGACCAAGAUCGAGUUUCCCUGCAAGUACAAAAGCGUGCCCCACCUCCUCACCACCAAGAUCACCGCCGCCUUUGUCUUCCUUUAUCAGAGGGUGUUGCUGCUUCCAGUGUCGGUGUGCCGCGAGGUGUGGCAGUCGCCAUUGGUGCUGUGGCGGUUGUUCGUGGCGGACACGAUCUCUUGGGCCGCGGCGACGAGCCACGCGUUGUUUUACGCGCAUUACGUGGGCCAGGUGGUGUACGCGGGGCAACCAAACGCGCCGGCCAACUCGCUGGAGGAGGACCUGUACAACGAAGGCGUGCGCAUGGGCUCGUGGGGUCUGCUGCUUCACAGCAUGGCCUCGUGCGGCUACGUGCUGCUGCUGCAGAACCAGCUGAUUCAGGCUUACGGACUCAAGACGACCUACCGCUUUGGACUGGCCAGCUUCGCCGCCUGCAUGUUUGCCACCCUCGUCGUGCACAACGUCUGGCUGCUCAACAUCUUCGCCGCCUUCUCUGGCAUCGGUUUCGCUGUCAUGACCAGCAUCCCCAGCGCCCUCGUCACUGAAUACCACGCCGACCAACAGACGUUCUACUUUGACCUGCCUGAGGACGAGAAGCGCGGCUGCGGCGCCGACUUUGGAGUGCUGUAUGUGGGCUACUACCUGGGCCAGACGGUGAUUUCGCUGGUGAUGAGCUCAGUUGUGCAGGCAAUGGGCAUGCCGCACGGCUACAUCGCGUUCGCCGCGCUCGCCAGUCUGCUCGCCUACCACCAGGCUAACAAGGUGGUCUACUCGCACACCGACAUCCCCCACCUGAGGGCCAGCUAUGACCUCACCAAGUGCUGAGAGAUUAAAUAAAAUAAUUCUACGCAUUCUGAGAACAGCGGUGGCCGCUGCACAGCACACGGAUGCUGAGACCAUCGUGGCUCGCUUUUUCUCCGAGUGUUUCACUGAAAAUUUUAAUUACCAUAUAAUAAUACCAGUCAACUACAAGUGAAUCAAGAGGUAUAUUUUUAUAAAUUAAUGCCGCCAUUGUGUCUUCUAACUAAAAAAAUAUCUUCCCGAAAGAAUUUCGAAAAAUUGCAUGUGAUAAAAAACGAUCCUGAUUGUGAUCUUGCAAUCUACGAGCUUGUUUCUAUUUUAAAAAUAAAUUUAUUCGAUCGCCAUUCAUGUGCCAGUAAUUCUAUUUUAGUACAGCGCACUUUGCAUACGUAUUUAUUAUCAAUUGAGUGUUGUCUAUAUUAUCUGACUGCAGGAAAUUCGUGACUAUUUCUAACAACGCUAUUUGUUUGUUACUCAAGUGGCUGUUGACAAUCAGUUCACUGAUCUUUACCAAAGCUUGCUAAACGUGAACGAAUCUCUUGCCGAAACUGAGACAAGUGCAAUUUUGGACUAUUUAUUUUACUACAGCAUUUCUCUGUGUGUUCUUUUUGCACUGAUCAAAGUGUUACUAUGUAAAGUGUUAAAUAAUUGCUUUUGCGAAUUUUUGAUGUCCCAAUUUUACGAAAUAAAGCUUAUUGAGAGGAACAAAAAA